UACAUAUUCCAACUCCCAAGGGGCUCUCUCACUCUCUUCUUCUCUCCUCUAAUCGCACCUACCCCUAAUGACGUCAUCUCCGGGCUUCCUCACCGCUCCGUUCUUCUUACAGCUCCUCUUCUUUGGCUCUUUGAUCAGCUGCUCUUCUUCUGACGUCACUUCUCCGGAAAUACACUCGGAAGAGUACUGUGCAAUGUAUGAUAUAUGUGGAGAACGCAGUGACGGCAAAGUGUUGAAUUGCCCUUAUGGCUCCCCCUCUGUUGAGCCUGAUGAGCUGUUUUCUGCCAAAAUCCAAAGUUUGUGUCCGACUAUAAGUGGAAAUGUUUGCUGCACUGAGUUUCAGUUUGAGACGUUGCGGGGACAGGUUCAGCAAGCUAUUCCAUUUCUCGUAGGCUGUCCAGCAUGCUUGCGGAAUUUCCUGAAUCUUUUCUGUGAGCUAUCUUGCUCUCCAAGGCAGAGUCUGUUUAUCAAUGUGACUUCUAUCUCUGAGGUUAGCGGCAACAUGACUGUGGAUGGUAUUAACUAUUACAUAUCUGACACUUUUGGGAAAGGACUGUACAACUCGUGUAAGGAUGUUAAAUUUGGCACUAUGAACACACGGGCCAUUGAAUUUAUUGGUGCUGGUGCUAGAAAUUUUGAAGAAUGGUUUGAUUUCCUAGGUCAGAAAGCACCCCUUGGGUUUCCUGGUUCACCAUAUGCGAUUGACUUCAAGUUAACCGUUCCCAAGUCAUCUAAUAUGGAGCUCAUGAACGUGUCAGUUUAUUCAUGUGCUGACACGUCACUAGGAUGCUCUUGUGGUGAUUGCCCUUCAUCUCCCGAGUGUUCUAAUUCUGAACCACCUCCGCACAAAAAAGAGCUAUGCUCCAUAAAUAUUCUGUCUAUUGAGGUCAAAUGCCUUGAUUUCUCAGUUUCCAUUGCGUAUAUUCUAUUAGUUUCUGCAUUCUUUGGUUGGGGCUUGUUUCAUCGGAAAAGAGAAAGGAGGAGAACUGGAUCUACUAAGGAACCAUUGUUGAGUGCCAUCGAUGAUGAUGAUAUAAACCCUGAUAACUUACAAAAUGAUGAAAGUUUUGCCAGAAAGGGGCAUGAUGAUCCUCAAGUUACAGAAGAGGCCGAACUAUCUCUUAUUCAGGAAUACAUGUCACGCUUUUUCAGGACAUAUGGAAUUUGGGUUUCUAAAAAUCCAACUCUAGUGCUCUUUUCGUCGAUGGGGAUUGUUCUUAUACUCUGUAUAGGUUUAGUUCGUUUCCAGGUGGAGACACGGCCAGAAAAGCUGUGGGUUGGUCCUGGUAGCAAGGCAGCUGAAGAGAAACAAUUUUUUGACAGACAUCUUGCCCCCUUCUACAGAAUUGAGCAGCUGAUUAUAGCAACUGUCCCAGUUUCAAAACAUGGAAAAUCACCCAGUAUUGUCACAGAUGAUAAUAUUCAGUUACUUUUUGACAUACAAGACAAGGUUGAUAGAAUUCGUGCUAAUUAUUCUGGCUUGACGGUAGCGCUAAAUGAGAUCUGCUUGAAGCCCAUUGGCCAAGAUUGUGCCACUCAAAGCAUUUUGCAGUAUUUUAAGAUGGACCCCGAAAACUUUGACAUCUAUGGGGGAGUUGUACAUGCCGAAUAUUGCUUUCAGCAUUAUUCUUCUGCAGAGACAUGUUUAAGUGCCUUUCAGGCUCCACUUGAUCCAAGCACUGCCUUGGGAGGAUACUCUGGAAACAACUUUUCAGAGGCUUCGGCAUUUGUGGUCACCUACCCAGUUAAUAAUGCCAUUGAUGAUGUAGGAAAUGAAAAUGGGAAGGCAUUGGCCUGGGAGAAGGCUUUUAUUCAGCUAGCAAAGGAAGAACUGCUGCCAAUGGUGCUGUCUCAGAAUCUGACUCUCUCGUUUUCAGCUGAAAGCUCAAUUGAGGAAGAGUUGAAAAGAGAAAGUACUGCAGAUGUUAUAACCAUAAUAGUAAGCUAUCUAGUAAUGUUCCUCUAUAUAUCACUGACAUUGGGAGAUGCACCUCAAAUAUCUUCCUUUUACCUCUCAUCCAAGGUCCUGCUUGGUUUGUCAGGAGUAUUGCUUGUUAUGCUUUCUGUCCUUGGAUCUGUUGGAUUUUUCAGUGCUUUGGGAGUUAAAUCUACAUUAAUCAUAAUGGAAGUCAUUCCUUUCCUUGUUCUGGCUGUUGGUGUAGAUAACAUGUGUAUAUUGGUACAUGCCGUGAAACGGCAAUCACAAGAGUUUCACUUAGAAAGAAGAAUAAGUAAUGCUCUGGUUGAAGUCGGCCCAUCCAUAACACUGGCUAGUAUGUCUGAAGUUUUGGCAUUUGCAGUGGGAAGCUUCAUUCCUAUGCCUGCGUGCCGAGUAUUCUCCAUGUUUGCAGCCCUUGCUGUGUUGCUCGACUUCUUUCUGCAAGUUACUGCAUUCGUUGCCUUGAUAUACUUUGACUUUUUGAGAGCUGAGGAUGGCAGGGUUGAUUGUUUUCCAUGCAUAAAAGUCUCUUCAUCCUCUGUGGAAUCCACUCAAGAAAGAACUGGAUUGUUGGCUCGUUACAUGAAGGAAGUGCAUGCACGCAUUCUUGAGUCAUGGGUGGUCAAGAUGGUUCUUGUUGCCGUCUUUGCUGGUUUUACUUUGGCAAGCAUUGCAUUAUGUUCUAGGAUUGAAACAGGUUUGGAACAGCAGAUUGUCCUUCCCCGGGACUCUUACCUACAGGGUUAUUUCAGUAGUAUCUCAGAGUAUCUCAGGGUUGGACCACCACUAUACUUUGUUGUUAAAGAUUACAACUACAGCUCAGAAUCAAGACACACGAACCAAUUAUGUUCCAUUAGCCAAUGUGAAUCGAACUCUCUUCUGAAUGAGAUAUCAAGAGCUUCUUUAACACCAGAAUCAAGCUACAUUGCUAAGCCAGCUGCCUCGUGGCUUGAUGAUUUUCUUGUAUGGAUAUCCCCUGAGGCUUUUGGUUGCUGCCGGAAAUUUUUAAAUGCUUCUUAUUGUCCACCUGAUGACCAGCCACCUUGCUGCUCCCCUGACGAUGGACCUUGUGGCCUUGGUGGAGUGUGUAAAGAUUGUACAACUUGCUUUCGCCACUCGGAUUUGGUUGAUGAUCGUCCAUCUACAGCACAGUUUAGGGAGAAGCUUCCUUGGUUCCUCAAUGCACUGCCAUCUGCUGAUUGCGCAAAGGGUGGCCAUGGUGCUUACACUAAUAGUGUGGAUCUCAAUGGAUAUGAAAGUGGCAUUAUAAGAGCCUCUGAGUUUCGCACCUAUCAUACGCCACUUAAUAAACAAGGCGAUUACGUAAAUUCCUUGAGAGCAGCACGGGAGUUCAGCUCAAGAAUGUCAGAUUCGUUAAAGAUGGAAAUCUUUCCCUACUCAGUGUUCUACAUCUUCUUCGAGCAAUAUCUGGAUAUAUGGAGGAUAGCUUUGAUCAACAUUGCUAUAGCUCUUGGUGCAAUCUUCAUUUUCUGUCUGCUUAUCACUUCCAGCUUAUGGAGUUCAGCAAUUCUCAUACUUGUCUUGGCAAUGAUUGUGGUGGACCUAAUGGGAGUGAUGGCCAUUUUGAACAUCCAACUAAAUGCGGUUUCUGUAGUAAAUCUCAUAAUGUCGAUCGGAAUUGCUGUGGAGUUCUGCGUGCAUAUAACACAUGCUUACUUGGUGAGCCAUGGAGAUCGAAACCAACGAGCAAAGAAAGCUUUAAUUAAAGUUGGACCUUCUGUAUUCAGUGGAAUCACACUUACAAAGCUAGUUGGAGUAAUUGUCCUUUGCUUCUCAAGAUCAGAGAUUUUUGUGGUUUAUUAUUUCCAAAUGUACCUGGCAUUGGUGAUUAUUGGUUUCUUGCAUGGGCUGGUACUUUUACCGGUAAUGUUGAGCAUGUUUGGUCCAUUGAAGACGUUCACAAAUAUUGAGAUUCAAGAAGUUCUUGAAUCUUCAUCAAUCUAAAGGUGAUACUGUGAUAAUUGUGGAAGUGCAGCUUCCCUAUUUGAGGCCAAGGUUCUGCUCUUGUGCUUGCAAUACCGAGGAUAUAUGUUGUUCCGAAUUUUACCCUAGGUGGAAAUGCUGUUAGCAUGACCAAUACGUAGACAAAAGGGAAACAAUUUUUAGUCCUGAUGUGUAUAGGAUGCAUCACUGAUCCACUGACACGUAUUUGUAGAAAAAUCAUAGAUAUUCGACUGUUGAACCAAAAAACUCACCUAGGAAUUCGAACAUCCAGAAGUUUUACAAUGUAGUAAAGAAUGCAUUAACGCAGCACCUUCAAAAGAAAGAGAUCCCCUAAGUAAUCUUUAGAUGCUUUGUAACAGCAUACCAUUGAAG